GCCACGCCCCCUCGUCCCUGGGUGACAUUGCCAUGGCUCUGAGAGCGGGGCAGCGCUCCCAUUCGCUUCUGAUAAAGUGCAGCAGCAGCCGGGGGAAGAGCGGCCAGUCCGGUGCCACUGCCUCCGCUGCCGCCUACUGUGCGGAGCUGGUAAGGAAGCGAGAUUAUGAAGGAUUUCUAUGCACGCUGCUGCUUCCUCCUGAGUCACGGAGUUCGGUAUUUGCACUACGAGCCUUCAAUGUAGAGCUGUCACAGGUGAAAGAUUCGGUUUCUCAGAAGAACAUCGGACUGAUGAGGAUGCAGUUCUGGAGAGAGACUAUAGAUGAGAUCUACAAUGAGAAACCUCCACAUCAACCUGUAGCGCUUGAACUGUCCAAGGCUGUUCAGAGGCAUAAACUGACAAAACGAUGGCUGAGCCGAGUUAUCGAUGAGCGGGAGAAGAACCUGGAUGAUCGGGCCUAUCGAACCAUAAAAGAGCUGGAGACCUAUGCAGAAAACACCCAAAGUUCCUUGCUCUACUUGACCUUGGAGACUCUUGGUGUCCAGGACGUUCACGCAGACCAUGCCGCCAGCCACAUAGGGAAAGCGCAAGGCAUCAUCACCUGUCUCAGAGCUGCUCCAUUUCACAGCAGUAAGCGCCAGGUCUUCCUCCCUGUUGACAUUUGCAUUCUUCACGGAGCUUCACAAGAAGAUUUCAUCCGAGGCAGCCUGGAGAGAAAUGUCAAAGAUGUUAUAUUCGAUAUUGCUAGUCAGGCCCACGUGCACUUGGAACAUGCUCGAUCUUUUCAGAACAAAGUUCAUAAAGCUGCUUUUCCUGCCUUCAACGUCACAGUUCCUUUGGAUGGUUAUUUAAAAAGACUCCGGAAGUCGGAUUUCAAUAUUUUCCAUCCAAGCUUACAAAGACGCGAUCCCUGGCUGCCGUUGUCUUUAUAUAUUCAGUCCUGGAGGAAAAUCUAUUAAAAUAUAUAUUUUUCUAAUAAAAUGUCUUUUCUGUG